AUGACUAAGUCAAACCAGGAGCCCUGGCAGGUUCUCGGUCAGUUUCUACAGUUUCCGGACGCCGAACACGAGCUAUGGUGGCACCGUAUUGCCCCGAUCAUCGGGCGAGCUUUAAUUCGCACCGGUUGCAGCGUUGAAUCACAAUUCAGGCACCUUCUGUUGAUUCAAUGUACGGUUCUCCCUUUUCUCGGCCACUACCCAGCUGAGAAAGGGAGGAAUAUCACCUGGCGUUCUUGUAUCGCGGGCGAUGAAGGAGGAGGAGGUCCUAUGGAUGUCAGCGUCAACUAUCAACAAAACUGCAAGAGCACGGUCCGAAUGAACCUCGAGCCGAUUGGAUCCCAUGCCGGGAUGCAUGACGACCCAAUGAAUCAAGUCGCCCCUAGGGAGAUGCUCAGCCGGCUGGCCAAAUUCCAAUCUGGAAUUGACCUCACCUGGUACGACCAGCUCGAGAAUGACAUGAUCCUCAAGAACCAGGACAUGUUACCGCUGUACAAGGAUGUUCUCUCACAGUUCGAUAACAAGACGCAAACGCUCUUCGGGCUCGAUCUCGGCGAAGGCUCGGUCACUGUGAAAGCCUACUUCUUUCCUCUCCUAAGAGCGUCUGCCACAAGAGCCGACUGGAUUAGCAUCAUGUUCGAGAGCAUGAGGAAUCUCAGCGGUAUGGAAGAGGGGAUUAUCUGUGAGUUAGGCAUAAUUGAGGAGUAUACCCGGUCGAUAAGCCAUAAACUGCUCCCAGAGCAUUCCGAAGUCGGAUUCGAUUGCAAGAGUCCCGCGCAGUCUCGAAUCAAGAUCUACGCCGCAAUGAAGGUAUCCUCCCUGCAGGAUCUCUAUGACUUCCACACGCUAGGAGGGCAUUUAAAGGGUCCAUCUAUCGAGCAGGGGUUCGAAAUCCUGUCCAAAUUGUGGCACAUGGUAUACCCUAAGCUUCUCCCUCACGGAAAGUCCAGGGAGUUCUUGCAGGUCCACUGCAACUGGGAACUCUCGCUGAAAAAUCCUACCCCCGUACCGAAGACGUACUUCCUUGUUGCGGACGAACUUGACACGCACAUCUCUAGUGCUGUAAUUUCUCUCUUCCGUGACCUAGGAUGGCAUCAGCAUGCAGAAAAUCAUGAAGCUCUAGAGAGGGAGUCAUAUCCUACUUACGAUCCUAAGACAAGCACGGGGAUAUACACGUGGCUUGCUUUUGCCUAUUCAGAAUCAUCGGGUCCAUAUAUCACGGUAUACCUGAAACCUCCUGCUCCUACUCCUGCUGGUGAUAACAUGUUGCUAUAA